AUGAUAUCAAAUCUCAAUAACCGUCUUUCAUCUCUCCUUCCACCAUCUACAAUUUCACGUAAAGGAGCCCUUGCUCUGUCCUCCUCCACUGCAGGGGUAGACGGGCUAAGAUGGUGGAUUUAUUGUCAGUCAAACCCCACGCUUCAAUUUGAACUCAGAUUGCUGCUCUUCCUCCUGGAAGGACAUGUCUACUCUGGUGAUCUAUGGCGUCUUGUCAUGGCACGCCAGAUAGAAGUUAUGCAAGAAGAAAGGUUCAAGGUGUACAAGAUACAACCGCAGAAUCAUACUAGCUCAAAUCACCUUGCAAUGGAACUAGAGUUCUUGGAAGAUAAGAGGGAUAGGGCUCAGUUGGAAUUAUCGCUAUACUCUCAGGCCAUGGAUGUCUUCCGGCCACACUUAGGAUCGUCAUGUAGACGCCCUGUCUCUAGGGCUGAUGGGUGCUUGUCGAGCAAUUUCUCAAGAGUUAGUUCAAUGAGUUUGCACCAGCCAGAGUUGGUGAACGCUAAAUGUAGCAAGUGGUUAAGUGGCAUGGCGACUGGAGUUUCCGGUGAUACUGGUCCUGCUAUAGGUGAUGUGACUGAUGAAUCAACAUCUGUCACAUCUAAACUCCUGACGAUAUACAAGACACUGGUGUUACCCGAGAUUGCCUGCCGCCCUUAUGGGAUGGUCAGUACGUGGGUGGAGGAAUGCAUAGAGGAAUACUACAUGGACGAUAGGGCUACGGAAGGAGCUUCCUUGCAAAUUCUAAUAUUGCAAGCUAGCGACUUAUCCAACCCUGAGGCUGAAGUACGUUUUCUUGAAGCAGAGUUAUCUCUAAUGCAAUCAAUACAUCGGCGUGCUCAAACAGAGGUCGAACUCCUCUCAGACGCCAUACAAUACCUCAUAGAGAGUGACAUGAUAUGCUCCAUAGCAGGCACCACACCAUGUCGUCGCUCAUUUGCUGAUCAGUAUGAGCACAUAUUCGAUAGCUCUGACACAGGCGAUUGUUGGUCUGACUCCUAA